UUGAUCCAGACUUUAAUCCUGCUUCAGCAACAGUUACUGCCAUCCGACAUCAAGACUGACUUCACACACUUUUUUGCAACAACUGCAAACAUGUCCCAUAAGAAAAGCAUCUGCCUCACUGGCCGUUUCCCAUGCAUCAAAUGCGACGACUGGAAAUAUCCGUGUGUGAAGCCUGUUUGUAAACAAGAUCCAUGUAUCAAGCCGUGCGUCAAACCGAUUUGUGAGCAAGGAGCAUGCUUUAAGCCAGGCUGUGACCAUAAGCCAUGCAUUAAACCUGUUUGUGUGCAAAACCCUAAAUCAUGUUAUGAUGACCAGCAGAAUAUGAUCCCUGAGUCUGAAGGACGUGGAUGUGGAACCGAGGUGCAUGACGUGGUCCUGCAGGUGCGUUGUAUUGACCUGAUGAAAUCCAGAAAAGAACCGAAUCGCUUGGAGCACCGUGCAAACGGUUACCAUAGCGACCACCUCAUCGUCCGCAGGGGACAGACUUUUCAGAUGUGGAUCGAGUUGUCCCGACCUUUCAACCCCAAGUCUGACCAGCUUCUCCUGGAGCUCAGACUCGGUGAUGUUCCAUCGAUACGCAACGGCACUCUGGUGAUUGUUCCGUUAGUGGAUGAGUUGAAGAAAACACAGUGGGGGGCAAAGAUUGUCCAACAGGACCAUAACCGUGUUAAACUGUGUGUUUACUCUGUAUCAACCGCACCCAUUGGACGAUACAGACUCACCGUAGUGACACGCGGUCCUAAGGGGCGGGCUUCUUCAGCGUACAACCCCUGCAAUGACAUCUACCUGCUGUUUAACCCGUGGUGUAAAGAUGACUCUGUGUUUCUGGAUGAUGAUGCUCAGAGGAACGAGUAUGUGUUGAACGACACGGGCAUCAUUUACCAUGGUACUAAACACCAGAUCAGCUGCAGAAACUGGAACUUUGAUCAAUUCGAUGAGGGAAUCUUGGAUGCGUGUUUGUUUGUGUUGGAGAAAAGUGGAGCUGCGUGUCUGGGAUGGGGAGACCCUGUCAACGUGGCCAGAGUUGUGUCUGCUAUGGUUAAUGCAGACAAUGACUGUGGUGUGUUGAUGGGCAACUGGUCAAGCUGCUAUGAAAGUGGAACGUCUCCAGCCGCCUGGUGUGGAAGCGGUGAAAUCCUGCGACAGUAUCACAAAACUGUAGGAAAGCCUGUUAAAUAUGGACAGAGCGUGGCCUUCGCUGGAGUCACUAACACACUGUUGAGAUGUCUUGGCAUUCCCGCUCGUCCUGUUACAAACUUCUGCUCCGCUCACGACACAGACGUGUCUAUGACAACAGAUGUUUACAUCGAUGAGGACUGUCAACCGAUCAAACACCUGAACAAGGAUUCAAUCUGGAACUUUCACGUGUGGAACGAGUGCUGGAUGACUCGGCCUGACCUGCCGUGUGGUUUUGGAGGAUGGCAGGUGGUUGAUGCCACUCCUCAGGAGACCAGUCAGGGCUUCUUUCGCUGCGGCCCCACCUCUGUCACUGCCGUCCGCAGCGGGCAGGUCUUCCACAAAUUCGACACACCCUUCGUCUUUGCCGAGGUGAACAGUGAUAUUGUUUACUGGCAGAGGACCGCUUGUGGAACCUUUGCUGUGAUCCACGUUGACAAGAGCGCUGUGGGUCACUGCAUCAGCACCAAAGCCGUGGGCUCGGACAAACGUGUGGAGAUCACUAAUCUCUACAAACAUCCAGAAGGUUCAGAGGAGGAACGUAAAGCUGUGGAAACAGCCGUUCAACACGGAUCCAAGCGCUGCCAGUUCCUGCCGCCCUGCGCAGAGGAAGUGGUUUGUGAGAUCAGUAUGCAGAAGGAUCCGCUGUGUGUGGGAAAAGACGCCGUGCUUUCCAUCACCCUGAAGAACAAAUGCAGCUCUCCUCGGACCGUCACACUCAGCAGUCAAGUGGUGGCCAUUUACUACACUGGAGUGCAGAAGACCUUGGUGAAGAAAGACCAGACGUGCAUCGAGCUCAAAGCCUGCGAAUCAAAGACUAUGUCAUGGACUCUGCGGUAUGAGGAUUAUAAGUGUCAUAUUGUGGAUCACUCAAGUUUGAUGCUGAUGGUCACCGGACAGGUCCUGCAGACCAAACAAAUCCUGGCCAAACAGUUCAGAUUCAGAUUGUGCACACCAGAUCUUGUUAUUACUCCUGCAUGUGAUUGUGUGGUGGGUGUGGAGGUGCUGAUCAAAAUCACAUUCAAGAAUCCUCUGUCCUGCCUGUUGAAGAACGUGAUCAUCCGUAUUGAAGGACUGGGACUGAAGCAUUGCAGAACUAUUAACUAUGGAGAUAUUGCGAGUCUGGCCACAGUGAGUCUGACGGAGUCGUUUGUUCCCAAAUGUCAAGGUCCUUGUAAACUUGUGGCAUCACUGGACUGUCCUCAGCUGACUCAGGUUCAUGGAGCCUGCAACGUUGUUGUUAAAAAGUGAAUCAAAUGAGUAAUCUUAAUGGCUUGAAAGCCUUUUAUCAUGCUUUUCAUUACAUUAAGUAGCAUGUGCUAGUUCUGGUUUAUCCAGUAAAAUGAAACCGAUCAGGGUGGGUGUAUUAUGGACUUUAAAAAACUCUUUUAAUCCAGGUGUCUUUUUUGUAUGAUGUCAUAUUUGGGGGAUUUCUGGUUACUGACAGACUCCAAAUGUUCAAUCUAUGAUCAGCAUCAAUAAAAGUUUAUCGCAGUAA